AUGGCUCGGAACCUGCAAGGUCUUCUUCGUCUUGCCGUUGAACAUUCUGAAAAUGCCGCCACAAAACCCAUGGACCCAAAGGAUGCCGAAUGGUUGGAUAAAGCACUAAGUGCAUCAACUGUCGACUUGAGUAAACAGCUGAAUAACGAUGUCCAGACGUUAUCAUGCCAUUUGUCAUCGUCGGAGCCCGAUUUAAUUGAAAUGAAGAAUGUCAUUGAAGAUUUGUUAACACUGACUGAAGAUUUGGACUUGUCGAACGACUUUUUGAUUGUUGGAGGUCAAGAUGUACUACUUAAGCUAUUAUUUUGCGGCCCACCUUCCUUAAGAAUAGAUGGAUUGAAACUCUUAGCAAAUAUCACUCAAAACAAUCCUCGAGCUCAAAGUUUGUACACUGAAAACGGCGUACUGGCUCGACUAAUUAUGCUAUUUGAGGAAGAGACAGAUUUAGAAUUUUUGAGACAUCUGUUACUAGCCAUAUCCUGUACCAUACGAGGUUAUGUGCCAGGAAUUGAUGUAUUUGUGGAAUCAAAGGGUGUUGACCUUGUCCUCAGUGUACUUAUCAGAGAAGUGAAGAUAGGAAAAUCAGAUAAAGCAUAUCGCUUGGUUUCCAAAGGUGCAUUCCUAGUCUACUGUGUUCUACAGGAACUUGCUUCAAAGCAUAUACCAUCUGGAUCUUCGUCCAUUGUACACAAAGUGAUAGAUCUAUUGUAUCUCCUAGACGAUCCACAGGAGCAUCUACUGGCUACUUUAUCAUUUCUCCUCCGUCCAUUAGGUAGUCACUCAAGUUAUACUACGAAUAUACAGUCCGAAGAAUCUUACAAAUCAUUUUCUAACUGGCUACAACGGCACUUAGACGAGCUUCGCAAAAUAAAUGACCCAGCUGAUGAAGAACGUCGCGACUACAUAGAUAGUUUGCUAAAGGUUCUAUCUUGA